UUUUUUGAAAGAAAACUCUGAGAAUCUUUACGUUUUUCAGGGAGAAACUUCAACUCGUGAAUGUUGGGAUUUUGGACUCCAUGUUUGCUCCUGAAUGCUGCCCUCCAUGUUGAGUCUGGGGCUGUUGCUCUCUGAUUUGAUCAAAGACACAUCCCAUGACAUUUGUGAGGCUGUGAGAUCACUGUACGAUUGAUCAAAACAAGCAGUCUUCUGCUGCUUUUGAAGAAGCAUUUGGGGAGUUGAGGACAUUCCCUGCAAAGGUACCACUAGGUGACAAUUGACAGCCUUCUGAGUGUUCAAACUAUUCAGUGAAAACCCCUGACUGGGAGAAAUGGGGUCUGAUGACAGGCAGAGAGGAGCACAGAUGGACACUCUGGAGUCAGAUCCAUCAGCUACUGUAUCAUUUGACACUCUUGAUAUGGACAGUUGUUCCAAUGACAAAGCAGACAGCAAACUCUGUUCCCCAAAAAACUUUCUGUCAAGCUCCGAUGGAGAUGAGCACUCAAAGCUUUUCGUAUCUAGAAGGUAAAAUGUGAGGCACUGCUUAGAAUUGAUUUGUCUGAGCAGGUAUGAAUGAAUCUUUUUCAGAAUACGACCAGUUUUCUUACCUUUAAUAACAAAGGCUUUCUCCAUUGUUUCCAUUGUCCAUCACUGUCAGCUGAGCUGCUGGUGGGUUUUAAACUGUUGGAGCUGCUUGUUAAUUGACACAGCUGGAGUCUGAGCAGGUAAUCAGCCCUGAAGAGGAACAGGCACCUUUUUAGUCAGGAUUACUUCAGAGAAAAAGAGUUACUUUUAAAUUUUAUUGUCAGUUUUCAAACUACUUCCUUCGAGGCAAAUAAACAAAAAUGGGGGUUGCAAUAGUGACUUUCAAAAAGAAUUAUUUUUGACAAUUAAUCCCUUAAUCAGACUUUAAAUAAUAGAAAAAUACCUAUCACGAUCUCCCACAGCCCAAGGUUUCAGCCCAAAUAUACUCAACUUGUGUAGAAUCAAAGGGAAGCUUGAAGCAGAGAAUACUUAAUGUUUUUGAAUGAUAAUUGCAUAAAUUAUUGACCAGUCAUCAAACAGCUGCAGAAUAAUUCUGUUGAUUAAGUGACCAAUUAAUAUCAACUAUGCUAAGAUUAUAUAUUUUUAAUUGUAGUGUCAUACUUUUUGCUUUUUUCCUGCUUUUUAGGCACUGCAUUUCUUACGUUUGUCAUUUUAUUUUGUCUGAGUAAUAUCUGGCCCAAGAAUUUUCCCCAGGAUUAACCCUUAGAUGCAUGAGUGAUUGGACCCUACACUCUUCAAUAAGUGGGUCAAAAUGAUCCAUAUAGGAAUCAAUGCGUUUUUAUGCCAUUUUUGUCAUUUUGGUUAAGAAUAAUCAUUUGUAUUAUAUUUUUGUCCACACAAGAAUGAUUUUAUGUUUGAAAUAAGUUUAUUUUUCACUUCAUGACAGAUUUUGAAUGUUUUGAUGAUUGAAAAAGAAGAGUAGUACACAGAACAGCAAUAGAAGAAUGUCAACAUCCAUUUUGUUGACAUUUUUCCACUCGUUUCCUCCAACUGUUGCUGCUCUCCGUCCAUCUAAGUUUGUGGACUUCAUCACCUCUUGUAUGAUAUUAUCAGUGAUAAAGAGCUUUGGGUAGUAAAACAAACAUUACAAUUUCUCUAAAAGUAUAAAAGGUAACUUAAAAAUUUAAUUGAAUGCUAUCAAAAACAUGUUUUUGUUAGGAAUAGCUGGAAUAUGAAAUGAUAAAAACUUUUCAUUACAAAUAUAUUGCAGGAAAACAACCUCAUCGGGUCAUUUUUGACCCACUCAUGCAUCUAAGGGUUAAUAAAGUGUCAUCUUCUAUAAGGACAAGCUGCAUGAUUUAUGUGGUCAUUCUAUUGUAGAAAGAAAUGUUUCGUACUUAUCAAUGUGAACAUUUUGAACUAAAUGUUUAUUUUUAACCGCUUGCUCAUAGACUAUACAAUUAUCAGUUAUGAAAGUUGGACAGAAACUUGGGUUGUGUCUGAAAUCAGUCACUACACACUUAACUUGAUUUAAGUAAUGUAGCUUACUUAUAUCUAAUCACUUUUAAAGGGUGCCUAAAAGGAAGAAACUUCUGAUGUUAUGUAUUUUUUUCUUAGAGCAAUAUCUGACACAAGCGUUUCUUUUGGGAUGAAUGAAGUUUUGUUUAAUUUUAAAGCUAUUGCACAAAAUAAAUAAAAUAGAACAGCUGAGGGGGCACUCUUUUCAGAUUUGGUUGAUUUUCUAUAGAAUGAACCAGAGGUGUUUAUUCAUGAUAAUUUACAUGAUUUAAUGGGUCACACUAUUGCAGAAAUAUAUUUCCCACUUUUAGACUUUAUAUAAUUACUCAGUAGGAAGGUUGGAAUAAAGCUAGUGUCUGAAAUCAUUCAAUACAAAAUUAUUUUAUGUCACAAAUGUAUCAUACUUAUAGUCUAUUGCUUUUCUUCUUUUUAGGCACUGCAUUUCUUAUGUCAUUUUGAUUUUCUGAACAAUAUGUGGCACAAGAAUUUUCUUUGGGAUUAAUAAAGUUUGAUUUUACUUUAUUUUAUCUUCAAUAAAUGUGUGCUACUUUUGAGUGUGAACAUUUUAACCAGAACAAACCCUUUAUUAAAUGUUUUAUUUAUGUUGGAAUAAACUUGGUUGUCCUGACUUCCUACGCGCACAUCUACUGCGCACUGACGUCACUAUCCUGCUCCUACGACAGAGAAGGGCGCGAGAUAGAAACCGAGGAGCGCGGACUCUCCGGCCGCUCCGCAGCAGCUGCUCUCAUGCUGUAAACCAGCUCAACACAGCCGCGCCGAGCCUCCAUCUCCACCUAAGUCCGCAGGAAAGGCACUGAAAACGCCGAAUACAACGAUAUCACACCGAAUAUUGUCGCACAUGACGAGCAGCGGCGGCAGGAAAACUCACCGUCUGAGCAUAAACAACAGAAACAGAGGGAAAUGUCGUGGUGGCCGCGCGGUGAGGAUGGAGAGGAGGUCCUGCAUCAAGACACUGAUUCUGAUGUGGCAGAGCAGAGGGACGGUGGGAAACUGAAAGUGAAGUGGACACAAGAAGAGGACGACUUGCUCAAGGCACUGGUUCAAAAACUUGGACCCAAUGACUGGAAGUACAUAGCCAGCAACAUACCAAAUCACACUGAACACCAGUGUCAGCACCGAUGGUUUAAGGUUUUGGAUCCAGAAUUGGUUAAAGGUCCCUGGACCAAAGAGGAGGAUGAGAAGGUCAUAGAACUUGUGAACCUCUACGGCAACAAACAGUGGGCCAUGGUAGCCAAGCAUCUCAAAGGCAGACUGGGGAAGCAGUGCAGAGAGCGCUGGCACAACCACCUCAAUCCCAACGUUAAGAAGUCAUCGUGGACAGCCGAGGAGGACCUCAUCAUCUACAAGGCUCACUGCCUGCUUGGAAACCGCUGGGCCGAGAUUGCAAAGCUGCUCCCCGGAAGGACGGACAACGCAGUGAAGAAUCACUGGAAUUCAACCAUCAAACGCAAGUUAGAGAUGGGCUUCUACACCCGGGAGGUCUUUAGGCCAAAUGAACUCGAGGAGCUCUUGGCUCGUGUUAAUAAAGACCUGCAGAUGUCCACCUGCUCUCAAGACGGUUUAGAUAAGGAUGUAGAGCAGAAACCCCAUCCUUCGCAGUUGCAGGAAGUCUUGGUUUCUGCUAAAGCUGGUCCCACUGAAGCUGGGCCGUCAAAGGCUGUCUCCUCUCCAAAGGACAGUUUAAGCCCCAAGACUGAACCGGACACCUCAGGAGAAGUCAGCUGCACCAACUGGGUGGUGGACAGCUCUGGUUUUCUCUCUCCUACUGGCCCAGUGCUGAAGGAAGUGCUGGAUAUGGUGGAUGGGGACUUCGAUGGCUGGUGCAACCUUGCAGCCUUCGACCUGCCAGAGGACAGUCCCAGCCCAGAACGUCACCAGUUUCGUCUGGAGGGCAGCGCCUUGCAAGAGCUGAGUAAAGGCAGCAAAGGGGAACUCAUCCCCAUCUCUCCAGGAGGGGUCACGCCUCCCUCCAUACUAAACCGCAGAAGCCGGAGACGCAUCGCCUUGUCUCCAGACGGCAAUAACUCCAUGACACCGAAGAGCACGCCUGUCAAAAUCUUGCCCUUUUCUCCGUCUCAGUUCCUCAACAUGUGGACCAAACAGGACACUCAUGACCUGGAGAACCCGUCCCUCACUUCCACGCCAGUAUGCAGCCAGAAAGCCAUUGUUACUACGCCGCUACAGCGGGACAAGACCCCCCUCACUCAGAAGGAAAACUCUGUAUUUGUUACACCCAACCACAAGUCCGAGCUCUGUACGUCCCCACGAACUCCAACGCCGUUCAAGAACGCCAUGGAGAAGUACGGUCCUCUGCAGCCUCUGCCUCAGACUCCGAAUCUUGAAGAUGACAUAAACGAGGUCAUCCUAAGAGACGCAGGGAUCAACUUGGUCGUUGCACGUUCAACACCACCUGAGCAAAGGCGCAAAACCAUGCAUCGUCCUCCUAUGAAGAAAGUGCGGAAAUCACUGGCCCUGGAUGUCAUGGACUGCCAAGUGAUGCCUGCAUCUAAACGCAAAUCUUUCAAAAGUGAAGCCAAGCACACCAUCAAGGAAGAACCUGCGAUACUCUCAGUCAGUUCCUCUUCGUUUUGCAGUAAGCGGCAUGAAAAUAUUUUGGAUCAGGGCUUUCUUUUGGGACCCAGUGACAGUGCGAUAUUUUCCAGCACAGCUCCUCCAGUUCCAAUGUCAAAAGAAUGGGAGACGGUUGUUUGUGGACAAACUAAAGACCAGCUUAUAAUGACAGAGAAAGCAAGACGCUACCUUCGCUCACUGAAGUCCCACGCUCCCAACCGGGCUCUCAUUUUGUCCUGAGAUGUCUCACCCUUACGCCAACAUGUUACACAUACAGAACUUAAUGUUGCUGUUUUUCCCCUACAUUUUUUACUGGUGUAAUCUGAGGUGAAGAAAAGGACAUGCCAUGUGUCGGGGUCAGUACAGUGUCUGACCAAGUAACUAGCAAUCAAACCAUCGACAGAAUAUAGCUCUGCCACUCAUUCCAGAAAGAAUGGUGCUUUUAGAUUUAGACUCACUCUGACAAGCUUCAGUGACAUUUCACUGAUUUAUAGGUGUUUCAAUGUGUUUGAACAAUGAAUGUAAAAAAGAAAAAUCAACGUUAGAUACCUUUGCUCUCACUGAAAAUACAUAUUUUUUCAUUACAUAAUGUAUCUGUAAUUUAACAGUGUUUUAAAAUUGUGAACUGUACAAACACUCAGGUUGCACCGCCAUAAUUUCUCACUUAUCUUAAUAUGAAGUAGUCUGAUCAGUAAUAUGCUGAGAGCUAAUUGUCUUAUUGUAGUAUCUGUUUAGCAUGUGAAUAGAAUUACAGUAUACAUCUCGGUACACAUUUGAAGUUAGGUUCCUGCACAGGAGAAUUAGGCAUUCACUGAAAAUACAGUAGUGACAAACAUCAAUAAUUCAUCAAGAUGACUUAAUACUUAAGAUCCAAAAAAUGGUGAUUGGAGCUGGGAAGUUGUUUUAUUCUGCAGUGGCCUUGUAGCUGAGAAUUUGUGGAUGCGUGAAAUCAACACUGACUUUUGAUGACAGGGGUAUUGUGUUAUUUGGCACUGUUUGUAAAUAUUUUAUGUUGUAUGUUUUUACUUUAGCAUACAACAUUUUUUCAUGGAAAUGAAUAAAUCUUAAAAUAGCUAAUGCA